AUGUCUGAAGAGCAGACACCCCAGACGUCCGAAACAGAAUGUGGCACAGUGGAUUCCCCAGAAUUUGAAGAUGAAGAAUGCUGGCUUUACAACGUGUUGGGAAUCAAGCUUAUGCCUUCCUCUGCACUGGAUGACGACAUGGAAACUCAGGAGGACAAAUCCCUGGGCUACACCGAGUCAUUUCUGCGCUUGCAAGACAUCCUUCAAGAGAACAAAAUCAACAGUAUUGAUGAUAGCAACACUCGCCAGGCUGGAAGUGCUAAAGAAGAUGAUGGAACCAGCCACAGUGACAGCGAUAUUGAUGAUAACGUGAAAGUUAUCAUUGGCAACAUAAAAACAAACCCCUUUGUGUAUAUGAAAUCAGAGCGUUCAAAGGGUAAAAGAGCCCACAAGUCUAUUUCCGCUAAAGCAGUGUCCUAG